AUGGCGCAUUUUCCAACACUCGCCGAGCCGAGCUGGACAUCCGAUCUUCACGAGGUUCUGCCAGUGCAAUUUCUCCUCGUCGCGCUGAAGGAACUCACCGUCGUCGCGCCGCACCACUUGGAUGUUCGACAAGCGGUGAAAGAAGCUGGUGAGCUGGUGCGAAUCGAGGCAUUCAAGUAUAUCAAGGCCAUGCUUCGCCACGAUUUGGAUUCAGAUCCCGCAUCUGGGAUUAUGGCCAUGGACUGUUUUCUGGCAUUGGGGCUUCAUGUUCCAACGUUCUAUGUCGUUGCCAAGGGAUUCCUGCUUGACUUUCAAAGUGAUCUGCAAGGAGCGAUAUUACUUCUCAAGGGGCUUGAUGGUGGGGUAUUCCAUGUGCCUUUCACAUUUCCCAUGUUCAGAGACGUGCUGGAUUACUUUCGUCACAAUAGGUUCCAAGGACUCGGUUCCUAA